UCAUCCAUGGCUUCAACCGGCCGGUGCCGGCUCCGAGGUCGCUGGAUCCCCAUGGAAACGGAGUUCGGGAGAACAAUGUCGUCCCGCUCGGACAGUGGCAGUGGGGAGGACUCGUUGGACCGGCUGCUGCCUCCUCUCGGGGCCCCUCGCAGGAGGAGCACUAACUCGCUGAGUACAACAGAGCCUCCUCUGCUGCGCACGGGCACACGCACCAUCUACACCGCCGGCCGACCUCCCUGGUACGACGAGCACGGAGCUCAGUCUAAAGAUGCCUUUGUCAUCGGCUUGUGCGGGGGCAGCGCCUCAGGAAAGACCACCGUGGCCAAUAAGAUCAUCGAGGCUCUGGAUGUGCCGUGGGUCGUGCUGCUCUCUAUGGACUCGUUCUACAAGGUUUUAUCUCCGGAGGAACAGACCCUGGCAGCGAGCAACGACUACAACUUCGAUCAUCCCGGGGCGUUUGACUUCGAGCUGCUGGAGGCCACCCUCAGAAAACUGAAGCAAGGCAAGAGUGUGAAGAUCCCGGUGUACGACUUCACCACGCACGGACGACAGAAAGACUGGAAAAAUGUUUACGGUGCCAGCGUGAUUAUAUUUGAAGGAAUUAUGUCUUUCGCGGACAAAGAGCUCCUUCAGCUCCUGGAUAUGAAAAUCUUUGUGGACACAGACUCAGACAUUCGACUGGUCCGCCGGCUCCGCAGGGACAUCACAGAGCGCAGACGGGACAUUGAAGGCGUCAUCAAGCAAUACAACAAGUUUGUGAAGCCGGCCUUUGAGCAGUACAUCGAGCCGACCAUGAGGCUGGCAGAUAUCGUCGUGCCAAGAGGUGGAGGGAAUAUGGUGGCCAUCGAUCUUAUAGUCCAGCAUGUUCACAGCCAGCUGGAGGAGCGUGAGCUCAGUGUCAGGGCUCUCCUGGCCUCCGCUCAGCAGACUCAGCCUCUGCCCCAGACGCUCAGUGUGUUGGAGAGCACGCCGCAGGUGCGGGGCCUGCACACCAUCAUCAGGAACCAGGAAACCAGUCGAGAUGAGUUCAUCUUCUACUCAAAGAGAUUAAUGCGGCUGCUGAUAGAACACGCUCUCACUUUUCUACCAUCUCAGGCGUGUGUAGUUCAGACUCCACAGGGCCAUGAGUACGAGGGCCGCAGCUACAACGGGAGAGGGAUCACCGGUGUGUCCAUCCUGCGGGCAGGAGAGACCAUGGAGCCCGCCCUGAGGGCCGUGUGCAAGGACGUCCGCAUCGGCAAGAUCCUCAUCCAGACCAACCUCGACUCAGGCGAACCAGAGCUGCAUUACCUGCGUCUGCCCAAAGACAUCAGUGAAGAUCAUGUCAUCCUAAUGGACAGCACAGUGUCCACCGGCGCUGCUGCCAUGAUGGCGGUACGAGUCCUGUUG